CACUGUGUUUUACGAAGGAUUUCCAGUAUUACCAACAUAGUUCUAAAUAUGAAUCGAAAAUAUUUUAAAUAUCUUCAACCAAAUUCUAUGGAUCCAAUACCAGCGAGUACAAAAUAUCGUAGUUUAAAACGACGUAAACAGGAAGAAAGUGAUGAUGUAUGUCAGAAAGAGAAAGCUACUGAAGAUAACAACGACAUUCAAGAUUUUAAUAUACGCCAGAAAAGGAAAAUUACUGAAGAUAACAAUGAUCUUCAAGUAUUUGAGACCCAAGUUAUCAUGGACUCGGAAAUUAAAAUUUUUGAGGACAAUGGUAUAAAUAAUGCUGAAAAUUCAACUCUCCAGGAUAAUAACGAGGAACUCCUUGUUAAUUUUUCUAAAAAUGAAGAAUCUCAAAUAACAUCAGAAAUAACCAGAGAAAAAAUAGAAGCAAUUAUGACAGAAUUGAAUGAUGAGAUAGAUAAUUCUGCUCAAUAUUCUUCAGAAUAUUCAGAGAUAUUCCUUAUAUGUGGACGUCCACAUGAAAAGGGACCACUUUGUCGGUUCUAG